UCAGAGCCAGCGGGACGGGAAGCGGGUCCGAGGAUGGCAGCCACCACAGCGCAGCCCAUGGAGGGCCUUCCCACCGGCCUGGGGAUCUGCUCCACCGUGCCCGAGGCCUUCUUCCUGCCUGAGCUGGUGUUUGGCGGUCUGGUGUGGAUCCUGGUGGCCUCCACUCGGGUGGACUCGGCCAACCCUCUGGGCUGGGUGAUGUUCGUCUCCGUCUUCUGCUUCUGCAUGACGUCUCUCUGGAUGAUCAUGUUCAUGGCCGGCUGCCACAACAACAAGUCCAGAUGGGCUGCUGCGGACUUUGUCUACCACGCCGUGGCCGUGCUCUUCUACCUGAGUGCCGCCGUGCCGCUGUCCUACAUCACCAUCCUCCAUAAAACCACCAAGCCCUUCAGGAUCUACCAGAUCGACAUCGCCGCUGUGGUGUUUUCCUACCUGGCCGUCCUCAUGUACUUCCUCCAUGCCGUCCUGUCCUCGCUGCGGUGGAAGCACUUCUGAAGACCAGGAGACUUCGGCUUGAGCGUGCGUGCGGUGGAUAAUGGCAGGACCGUGCAGGAGGUCACGAGGGAGAGUCUCUGGAUCCACGUUAAAAAAUGAUCAAAUGUUUUUCAAUCAUUUCUUUCCAAAUGACACAGAAACACCUGUGUCCAGAUCACUGCUGAUGCUUUUCACGAGAUUGUUUUUGUAUCGUUCAAAUUUGAGGAACAGAAAAUCACGUGUGAUGGAGGUGGGAACUUCUCUUAGAUGUUGAUCAGAUCAGCUGCACCUUGUUGCCCAGCAGAGGGCAGCAGAGGUCAGAGUUCAGGCUGUUACUAAACGUGUCGACUCCAACAAGCCAUCGAAACAGACACUGGCCAGAACAUUGCUCAGAAGAACCUCAAAGGCUCUGAAGAGGCUCAGCAACAGCCCAAGUCAGACGCCAUUAGAGGCAGAAACAGACCUGUGGACACGUCAUGUGACGUCCUCAGCUGUAGCCAGACCAACAUGUAUGUCUCAUGUAUGUGUGUGUGUGUGUGGGUCACCUUCAUCACCAUCACCACGGAACACGCGCUGUGUCUCAGCUCAGCUGCAUGCGAGGAGCCUCCAGCCAGAGGUCACAUGCUUCGGCGACACCAGACACACCUGACCUGCCUGGGCCAGCAGCGAGGAAGCUCCUCCCUCUGCACCGCUGAUGGAGAGUUCCUCCACUGUGAUUCGUGUGAAAUCAGAAGCCAGGCUCCUCUGUUCUUCAGUGAAUGGUUGCAACAUUUGACUGACUCAGUCUUCAUGUGUUCAUCAUCUGGAUUAUAAGAAACUGGGCUUUGUAAAAACCCUCAAACACCACAGGCCAGUCUUCUUGUGUCAGAUCAGAGAGAGAGACUUUUAUUACAUGAGUCUGU